UAAAGCUGUUCCUGUCUCUCUGGUGGUGUAGCUCAUUUCCUGUGCUCUACUGAUGCUGGUGUUUGGCACUUUCUGUUAAGAUUGUUGUCCUCACAGAAAUGGCUGAGGCAACUUAUAAACUUCUUAUUCUAUUAUGCAUCACACGAGGAACGUAUUGCCUUGUUGUACAUCAUAAUAAGUCUGUAACUGCUGUGGAGGGACAGAACAUCAGCCUGCCCUGCAUUGUGGGAGCGGAUCAUGAUGUCAACAUUAACCAGCUGGAAUGGAUUAAAAAACAAAAGGAAAGUGAUCAGAAGAUCGCUGUGUUCAAUCCUCAAUUCUCAACAUAUUAUUUUCAGCAAAAUUUUAAUCUGCAGUUAAUAAACAGCUCAAAAACAGGGAAGCUCCAGGGCUCCAUUUUAAACCUGCAUGAAGUAAAAGUGAAUGACAGUGGAAAUUAUAUUUGCGAAAUUACUUCUUUUCCGAAUGGCUCAUUUAGAAGAACUACACAGCUGCGAGUUACAGAGCUUCCAGUAUCAGUGAAGAUGUCAUACCCAUAUGGAUUUAUAAAAGAGGGGGAUGAAAUGAAGAUCACUUGUUCAGCUAGUCAUUCACCACUCCGUUAUAAACUGCACCGGUCAAAGGAAAAGUUUUUUUGGAUGGAAAGCUUGAAAGGAGAGUUUAUUUUACAAAACGUCACCAGAAAUAACAGUGAUCUGUAUGUCUGUUUCCCUGAAUGGGACUCAUUAGCCAAAGGUCAGCAAGGUUUCAACACCACCAUGGAACUGACUGUGAAUUUUCUUGACAGCAUUGAGUGUAACACAAGAAACCCUUUACAAGUCAGUGUUGGUGAAGAUGUGGUGAUAUCUUGUAAAGCAAAUGCUUCUCAGUCUUUGCAGUACAAGUGGAUGAAGGGUGACACAGUAGUGUCUUCCUCUGACACUUUGUCUCUGAGUUCUGUGACUUCGGAUCAUUCAGGAAUAUAUAAAUUGACAGCUUCCUUUCUGAACAAUCAACUCCAGGCAGACAUUGAUCUUUAUAUCCAAGUUCUAACAAAGACAAGUGAGGGAAUUACAAUGCAGACAACGCAUUCGGUAGUAAGAAGCAUCAGCACAGCAUAUCCAUUUCUCAGUCAAACCACCAAACAUCAGAGCAACUUUAUUUCAGUGGAGACCAGCUCAUGGAGCAGAGGCACUACUGUGACAACAACAGAAUCCGGUCACUUACAGACAAGCACAGCAACACCACAUGCUACUAUGUCAACUCUUGAGCUCAGCACCAGACAUAAAACUCCUUUCAUUGGCAACUCUUCUCCUCCCCCUGUUGGCAUUGCAUCCACAUUACACGCAAUCACAGCAAACUCUACACGCACCUCAUUUGAAGUAAAUCUGAGUACAUCUCCAGAUCCAACAACCAGAAGCAAAGUUUUUACAUCUGCUGUCCUGAAGAAAAACAUCACCGCCAACUCCACAGUGAGUGGCCCCAGUGUGACAACACCAAAAGCCUCAAAAAGCACUGCAUAUAUUGCUGUCCCGAUUGUGUUGCUUUUACUAGUGUUGAUUAUGCUUCUAUACAGAAGAUAUAUCACCCGGAAAAGAAUGGAUAUGCCACCCCCAUUCAAACCUCCUCCACCACCAGUGAAGUACACAUCAGUGAGGAACCAGGACAUCCGUAUGACUGAUUUGCAUGCACUUUAGCGCUACCCACAGACAGUGGGCAAAAAAUAUACUGACUGACAGUUUCUAACGUGGAACGAUUUUUCUUUGGACUUUGCACUUCUCUUCUCUUCAUGCAAAUAAAAGUCAAAUGUGACAUUUUUUAAAAAAAUUAUUAUGUAUUUUAUAUGAUUCUGCUAAACUAUGUGUUUGUGUCUUUCUGAAUCAGUUGUAGAUAAAAUCCUUCAA